GCUCAGGGAGAACAGAUGAAACUCAAUCUUUAAACCGGCAUUAGUGCUUAGUUACUCUAUUCCAUCAAUCAAAAACUAUAAAAUGACUAUUAUGGCCCCAGUUCUAUCUGUAUUCCCAUCACAGAGUAAUGCUGGGAGGAAAUGAAGGUCCAUAAAUCUGUCACCAGAAGUGUCCAAUGUCAUCAGCAAGUAUCUCCCAGGCCUGGUGCCGCCCACUCUGAGCCCUAACUGAACACGCAUCGCCCCUCAGUGCUUCACUGGAACCAUGACGGCCCUCAACACACCUCGUGACAAAUACAAUGCAGUUUGGAUCAUCUUCUUCAUCUUGGGUUUGGGAACCCUCCUACCAUGGAACUUCUUCAUGACGGCGACAAUGUACUUCACCAGCCGCCUGAAGGACCCGCCCACUGAUCUCAAUGGGACGACUAACAGCACGGUACAGGAUUCCAAAAACGAACUGGAACUGAAGUUCAACAAUGUGAUGACGCUGUGUGCCAUGGUGCCCCUCCUGAUUUUCACCUGCCUGAACUCCUUCAUUCACCAAAGAAUCCCCCAGAAGCUGCGUAUCUCUGGCAGCUUGACGGCCAUUUUUUUGGUUUUCUUCCUGACGGCGGUGCUGGUGAAGGUCGAUGUCGCACCGGUGCCCUUCUUCACUCUGACCAUGAUCAAGAUCAUCUGCAUCAACUCUUUCGGUGCGGUGCUUCAGGGGAGUCUCUUUGGCCUGGCCGGGAUUCUCCCUACCUCCUACACGACUCCCAUCAUGAGCGGACAGGGACUGGCAGGCACCUUUGCAGCCUUCUCCAUGAUCUGCGCUCUGACCACUGGCUCAUCCCUGAGGGACAGCGCCUUCGGCUACUUCAUCACCGCCUGCGUGGUGAUUGUGCUGGCCAUCGUGGCCUACCUCGCUCUGCCCAGGAUGGAGUUUUUCCAGUACUACAUGGAGUCAAGCACCUCCACACCCAACUCCGAUGAGGAGAACAAAAUGGAUCUUCUCAGAAAAGAGAACUCAGAGAAGCAGCCCUCCAGCUGUGCAGUUGAGGACCAGUCCUCGUCUGUCUUCAGCAUCUUUAAACAGAUCUGGGUGAUGGCCUUGUCGGUGUGCUUCAUCUUCACCGUCACAAUCGGCGUCUUCCCUUCAGUCACAGCAGAUGCAAAGUCAGUGGUCGCAGAAGGCGGUGCCUGGGGCAAAUAUUUCAUCCCGGUGUCAUGUUUCCUCCUCUUCAACUUGAUGGACUGGGCUGGCCGCAGUCUGACCGCCGUCUGUAUGUGGCCUGGUAAAGACAGCAUCUGGCUCCCGGUGCUGGUGGGUCUGCGGGUCGUCUUCAUCCCGCUCUUCAUGCUGUGUAACAUUGAGCCUCGCACAUGGACGAACGUGUGGUUCGCCCAUGAUGCCUGGUACAUCGUCUUCAUGAUCCUCUUCUCCUUCUCCAACGGAUACCUGGCCAGUCUCUGCAUGUGCUUCGGACCCAAGAAAGUUCCGCCGCAUCAGGCAGAGACAGCCGGCGCCAUCAUGGCCUUCUUCCUGUCGCUGGGGUUGGCACUGGGUGCUGCCCUGUCAUUCGCCUGCCGAGCCUUGGUCUGAAACAAGACGCCUGCAAGUCAUCACACAGCACAAGUCUGCUGCAUCUUCACCGAGCAGAGAGACCCAGUCCAUUCAAAGCGCUGACUUCAACUAUUUGAACCCAAAAACGUCUGUGGAGAAAACUUCCUGUGGCCCAGUCACUCCAAUUGGAAUCAUCUUUUUGUUGACAGUAGUUCCAUUCAUUGUUUUACACUUGCUUUAAAAUGUUUUAUUUUCAACUGCAAUGAAGCCAAAAAACAUGACAGUAUGGGAAUUUGAGAAGUCUUGAACAAACGCCUUUAUUGUCCAGCUCCAUUUUGUUACCGACUUUGAGACGAAUUUGGUGAUCUCCUGCUGUCUCAAACUUUUAGUCCUGUGUGUCGUUUCUGCAUGUCUCAUGCAGAAAAACCAGUUUUGCUAAGAGGCCUUUUGAAAACAUGGACAUGAUAGGAUCAUUCUUAUCCUCCAGUCAUUGCCAUUUCAUGUGUUUUAUAUCUUGUGACGUUCACCUGGUUCUUGCAAACAUUGAUUUAUUUUUUUUUUUAUUAAACCACACAGGCCUUGUACAUUUUUUUUGUUUUGUACGCGUUUCUUUGUUUUCCAGCUUUUGGAAACUGGUACUACCAUGCGGUUGAAAAAUAAAUUAAGCGUUUUUGUAAGA